AUGGCAACUCUGCGUAUUCUCUCUUUUGAUCCUGACGACCGCCCAGUCAAAUUCGACACUUGGCUCCAAGACCUGCAGCUGUACCUACUGAGCGACGCUAAGGACGGUGUUUCCCUUUAUGACCUAGCGACUAGUGCCUCCAUUGCCCCACCAGCCUCAGCUGACGCGACGACUCGCUCACAGUGGCUUACCCGCGAUGCUGCUGCUCGCCUAGCCAUUCGCAACCACCUGCCGGUAGCUGAAUGCGAGCAUUUUGACCAGGCGAAGACUGCUAAGACCCUCUACAACGCUGUAGUUGCCCGCUACUCUUCCCCUGCCACUGCAGCGCUUACUCGCCUCUUCCUGCCCUACCUUAUCCCUGACCUCUCCUCCUUCGCCACUGUAGACGAUCUUCUCUCCCACCUCCGCGCUAUGGACGCUCGUUACCGUGCUGCCCUCCCUGCCGAGUUCCUCCCCAAGAACGAGCCCCCGAUCUAUAUCGCUCUCCACUUCAUAGUGACACGCCUCCCUGACUCUCUUAGUGCAGUCCGGGACACCCUUCUCGCUCUCCCCCCCACAGACCUCACUAUCGACCUGCUAGGGAAGCACCUUCUUGCAGCUGAAGCGAACAUUGUUGCUGUAGGUGCUACUCGUGGCACUCCUCGCACGCCCUUCUUUGAGGGGUGCUCCCCCUCCCCCCUCGCCCCCUCUGUUGCCUCUGCUGCUGCUGUUGACUUCCUUGGUGCUGAGGAGGUCGGUGCUGCUUCUGCUCCUAGUGGGAAGCGCCGCAGCGGCAAGGGCAAGGGGGGCAAGGGUGGUGGGGGUGGUGGCGGGGGGGAAGGUGGUGGCGGUGGUUGGGGAGGCGGAGGUGGUAGAGGUGGCGGUGGGAGUGGUGGAGCGAGAGGGGGCGUAGGCGGCGGAGGUGGCGGCGACGACGGGAUUUGCCAGUCAUGGCCAUGUUCCCCAUGA